AUGAGUGAAACAGUUGGGAAUGUUGUUAUACAAGUUCCGCCUGAGAAUGCUAAGAACCCAGUCGAAACCCCCGAAGCAGAUCCAAUCAAAAAAGAUAUAACUCUAACCGACAUUAUCAGUGUAACCGAUCAAUCAAACAAAUGUGACGAAAUAGCAAAGCAACAGCAAGAAAUAAAAGACAUCAUCAACGAUCAACUCCACCACGUCGCUAACAUCCAACAAGUUGUGAAUUCAAAAACAAAACACUUCAACGAAAUUAUCGACCAAUCCAUCGCAAUUGUGAAAGACACUAAAAAGGAUUUGAUCAUCAUCCAAGCAAAGAUUCAGAAUAUGCGGCUGAUGUUGAGACUCGGAACAAGCAAAUAA